AUGAGGAAAUUACAUUGUGAAAGUUCUGCUAAAGUUCUAGACCGGGAUGUAUCAGGCAGCACUCUGGUGGAGGACUAUUCGCUUGAGACUCGUCCCUGCAUCCCCUGCCCUCCAAGCCGUCGUGGGAUCCAGAAGGCGAUUCAUAAAAAAAUCCCCAUCACGAAGUGGCUUCCCAGAUACAACCUAACAUGUCUGGUCUCCGACCUCAUCGCAGGCUUGACCGUGGGACUUACCAUCCUCCCGCAAGGUCUCGCCUACGCGGCCAUCGCCAACCUCCCCGUCCAAUACGGCCUGUACUCCGGAUUCAUGGGAUGCUUCGUGUACCUUUUCGUGGGGAGCGUGAAGGAUGUCACGGUUGGACCCACAGCUGUCGUCUGCGUCGUGUUGGGACAGUUCGUCAAUCAUGAUGCGUUAGGGGAUCGGUUCGUGGAGUAUGCGGUCUUCCUCUGCUUUCUCACUGGGGUCGUCGAAGUCUUACUCGGAAUCACCAGACUCGGGUUUUUGAUGAACUUCAUCUCGACGCCAGUGAUGUCGGGUUUCACUUCAGCAGCCGCGAUCGUCAUCUCCGUGACUCAGAUCACGGAGCUCUUCGGUAACGUGGUGCCCGGCAUCCCGCCCGCCACCAUCCCGCCGUUCGUGACGGGGGGAAAUUUCCUGGAAAAAGUUUCGGAGCUGGGUCCGGCCAUCAUCAUCGUCCCCGUAGUUGGGAUCCUCGAGAGCAUAGCCAUCUCCAAAGCAUUCGGCGAUCGACUUCAACCAGGAGAUCUUCGCUCUGGGUCUCUGCAACUUGGCCGGGUCCUUCUUUUCCUCCGUUCCUACCAGUGGAUCGUUGUGCAGAACUGUAGUGAAUGCCGCGUCCGGCGUGAAGACUCCGGCCGGGGGAAUUCUUACUGGGUCCUUGGUGCUGCUGGCAUUGGCGAUGCUCACGCCUUACUUCUUCUACAUCCCCAAGGCCUGCCUGGCGGCCGUGAUCAUCUGCACGGUCAUCUUCAUGUUCGAGUACGAGGAAUUUUUGAGGAUUUGGAAAGUCAACCCCUUCGUGGGACGAGGAAGGCCAUCCAGAGGAAACUUCCCAUCACGCUUCCGCGAUACAACCUGCAGUGCCUGGUGUGCGACCUCAUCGCAGGCUUGGCUGUCGGACUCACCCUACUCCCACAAAGCCUUGCCGACGCUGCUAUCGCCAACCUCCCUGUUCAAUAUGGCCUGUACUCUGGAUUUAUGGGAUGGAUCGUGUACCUUUUCGUGGGGAGCGUGAAGGAUGUCACGGUUGGGCCCACAACAGUCAUCCGCGUCGUCCUGAGGCAUUUCGUCAACGCUGAUGAGUUUGGAGACGAAUUCGUGGAGUAUGCCGUCCUCCUCUGCUUUCUCACUGGGAUCGUCGAAAAGGCGAUUCAGAGGAAAAUUCCCAUCACGAAGUGGCUUCCCCGAUACAACCUAGCACACCUGGUGUGUGACCUCAUAGCGGGGCUGACUGUCGGACUCACCAUACUCCCGCAAGGUCUCGCCUACGCAGCUAUUGCCAACCUCCCUGUCCAAUAUGGCUUGUACUCUGGAUUCAUGGGAUGCUUCGUGUACCUUUUCGUGGGGAGCGUGAAGGAUGUCACGGUUGGACCCACAGCUGUCGUCUGCGUCGUGUUGGGACAGUUCGUCAAUUCUAAUACGUUCGGGGAUCAUUUUGUGGAGUAUGCGGUCUUCCUCUGCUUUCUCACUGGAGUCGUCGAAGUUUUACUCGGAAUCACCAGACUCGGGAUUUUAAUAAACUUCAUCUCGACGCCUGUGAUGUCGGGUUUCACUUCAGCGGCGGCAAUCGUCAUCUCCGUGACUCAAAUCGCUGACAUUUUUGGCCUCUCCUCCGUCGUCCACGCUCACGACUUCAUCAAGGUCCUCAAAGAUGUCGCCUACCACUUCAGCGAAACCCACAUGUGGGACUUUCUCACAGCCUUCGUUUCCAUUUGCCUUCUCCUCUUUCUGCGGAAAGCAAAAACAUGGGACUGGUCAAAGGUGAUCAGCCACAAGGGGAUGUUAUUGGUGGUGAGCAAGACGGUCUGGUUCAUCUGCACUGCGCGAAACGCCCUCGUCAUGGUCCUGGGAGCGGUCGUCGCUUACUUCGUCAACGGGAACGACCCUACCAAACCCCUCUCCUUGACCGAGAUCUUCGCCCUGGGUCUCUGCAAUUUGGCUGGGUCCUUCUUCUCCUCCGUUCCAACCAGUGGAUCGUUAUGCAGAACUGUCGUGAAUGCCGCGUCUGGAGUGAAGACGCCGGCCGGGGGAAUUGUUACUGGAUCCUUGGUGCUUCUGGCCUUGUCGGUGCUGACACCUCACUUUUUCUACAUCCCCAAGGCCUGCCUCGCGGCCGUGAUCAUCAGCUCGGUCAUCUUUAUGUUUGAGUACAAGGAAUUCCUGAAGAUCUGGACUGUUAACCCUGUCCCUGCCCUCCAAGCCGUCGUGGGACGAGGAAGGCGAUCCAGAGGAAAGUCCCCAUUACGAAAUGGCUUCCACGAUACAACCUUAAAUAUCUGGUGCUUGACUGUCGGACUCACCCUACUCCCACAAAGCCUUGCCUACGCUGCUAUCGCCAAUCUCCCUGUCCAAUAUGGUCUGUACUCUGGAUUCAUGGGAUGCUUCGUGUACCUUUUCGUGGGGAGCGUGAAAGAUGUCACGGUCGGACCUACAUCAGUCAUCUGCGUCGUGAUGGGGCAUUUCGUGAAUUUUGAGACGUUUGGGGACCAAUUCGUGGAGUAUGCCGUCCUACUCUGCUUUCUCACUGGCGUCGUCGAAGUCCUACUCGGAAUAACCAGACUUGCGGCUGCAAUCGCCAUCUCCAGCACUCAGAUCACGGGACUGUUCGGCCUUUCCUCUUUGAUCCACUCUCACAACCUCAUGAAGGUCGUUCGAGAAGUCGCCUACCAUUUCAACGAAACCAACAUGUGGGAUCUUCUCACGGCCUUCGUCUCCAUUUGUCUUCUCCUUUUUCUUCGGAAAGCAAGAACAUGGGACUUGUCGAAGGUGAUCAGAAACAAGGCAAUCCUAUCAGUGGCGAGCAAGGCUGUCUGGUUCAUCUGCACGGCGCGGAACGCCCUCGUUAUGCUGCUAGGCGCGGUCGUCGCAUACUUCGUGAACGGAGACGACCCCAAGACGCCCCUCUCCCUAACUGGGAAUGUGGUGCCUGGCGUCCCACCCGUCGCCCUUCCGCCGUUCCUGACAGAUACGAACUUCCUGGAAAAGGUCUCGGAGCUGGGUCCAGCUAUUGUCAUCGUCCCCCUUGUGGGGAUCCUGGAAAGUAUUGCCGUAUCUAAAGCAUUCGCACGAGGUAGAGCGAUCGACUUCAACCAGGAGGUUUUCGCUCUGGGUCUCUGCAACUUGGCUGGGUCCUUUUUCUCCUCCAUUCCCGUCAGUGGGUCGAUGUGCAGAACAGUCGUGAAUGCCGCGUCUGGUGUGAAGACUCCAGCUGGAGGAAUUGUUACAGGGUCCCUGGUGCUGCUGGCUUUGGCGAUAUUGACGCCAUACUUCUUCUACAUCCCCAAGGCCUGUCUCUCGGCCGUAAUCAUCUGCGCAGUCAUUUUCAUGUUUGAGUACAAGGAAUUCCUGAAGAUCUGGACUGUGAACCGGUUGGAGUUGAUCCCGUGGCUGGCCACAUUCUGCCCCAGCCUUCUAUUGGGACUGCCCUACGGCAUCGUGGUCGGGAUGGGGGUUGAUCUCGUCCUGCUGCUCUUCAAAGUCGCCCGGCAGAAGGUGGUCGUGCAAAAGAGACAGCUGGAAGGUCAUGAUUACCUGGUUAUCAAGCCGAAAGGCCUAACAAUGUUCCCAGCUUCGGAACAUGUUCGCAACGCCCUCAUCAAGCAGUCUGGGAAGAAUCUUGACAUCCCGGUCAUCAUUGACUGCGAGAAGAUCACUUCCAUCGACUUUACCUCCUGCAAGGUGAGAUGGGAUUACGCGAGGAAAUGCAAUGGACGAACGCGUGAACUACCGUAUCGUUACCAGAUGAUAGAGGCGACCUUGUCCGACCUUGCGGAGCGAGGCCAAGAGCUGGUAUUCGUUCAUGCAGAUGACAGUGUGAGGAAGGUUCUCAAAGCGAAGCUGAGAUCCAACUUCCGCUCCUUCAAGACCUAUAGCGACUGGGUCGAAGCCACAUACACUCCAAAAUUGACCAGCCUGCGAAAAAAGCCUAUGAGAUCGAUCUCGAGAGUCAUCUCCGUGCACGGUGAGGCUGUCGUGGAGCCAAUGGACUGCAACACCUUCUUUCACAAGGACAAUGCGUGA